AUCGUCGCGAGUGGACGUACGCGCCCCCCUCCGCUCGCCCCCUUCAGUAAAGUGUUUUUGUGGAUUUCUCUCUUUAUUAUCCAAGUCCUUAAUAUCCAAGAAUUGAUGCAGGUGCGUAGGUCCUAAUUAGACCUAUCGCUCUCCUCGGGGGGAUAAAAAGGACGGCGCCACGGAUAAGACGUGUUAACAAGAACAACACAGAUGUUUUUGUAAGUUAGAAAGUUUAGAAAGAAAACCUUCUUAUUUCCAGGCCAAGUUUUAUUUGUUUUUAUUUUUUUGUCGAAAGUGCCGGAUGAUUCAAUAAAUUACUUUGCUCCUGUCUUUCAACUCGCGGAGGAAGAGGGAAGAGGAGAAAUUAAUAAAAAAAGGAAGAGAGAAAACCGGGAGAAGGAGAGAUACAAGAACACAAAAUAUAUCCCGAGGAAAGAAAGAAGUCAUUAAAAUAUCCUUACCGAGCAACGUUUAAGGGCCCCUUCGCCCCUGACACGGAGGUGGUGGCCAGCUAUGCGUUCUCGGGCACUUCGCCAGAGGACCUGCCCUUCUCCAAGCUGGAGCGCCUAACCAUCGUCCGAGCAACCAACGACGUCAACUGGGUCAAGGCCAGGAACCGCGACGGCAUGGAGGGCAUGAUACCCACCUCGUACGUCACGGAAUGCAGGAAGGAGGUCAAGCUCAAUACUAUGGCAUGGUUCCACGGCAAGAUCAGCCGCGAGGAAGCCGAGAACCUACUGACGCCGCGCGAGGACGGCCUCUUCCUGGUGCGCGAGUCCACCAACUUCCCCGGGGACUACACCCUCUGCGUCUGCUUCGAGCAGAAGGUUGAGCACUAUAGAGUAAUAUAUAAGGACAACAAAUUGACUAUUGAUGAGGAGGAAUUCUUCGACCAUCUCACUAAACUGGUUGAGCACUACGAACAGGAUGCCGAUGGCCUGUGCACGCAGCUCAAGCGCUCGGUCCCCAAGCAAGGCAGACGGGAAUAUGCGGUGGAUCCAGAGAAGGCCUUCAAGGCUGCUGGCUGGUCCAUAAACAGACAGGACCUUAAGCUUUUAGACUCCAUAGGCAAGGGUGAAUUUGGUGAUGUCCUCCUGGGAGAGUGGCAGGGGCAGAAGGUGGCUGUGAAGAGACUGAAGGACAGUAGCAGAACGGCGCAGGGCAUCUUAGAAGAGGCCUCCCUCAUGACGAGUCUGAAGCACAACAACCUAGUGAACCUCUUGGGACUGGUGUUUGAGGACUCUUGCAUCCUGCUGGUGACAGAGUUCAUGAGCAAAGGAUCCCUCGUGGAUUACCUGCGUUCCAGGGGCAGGUUUCAUGUUUCCAAAAGAGAUCAGAUAAACUUUGCUUGCGACACAUGUAGUGGUAUGGCUUACUUGGAGUCCCAGAAGGUGGUCCACCGUGACCUGGCUGCCCGCAAUGUGCUCAUCAGCGAGGAAGGUGUGGCCAAGGUUUGCGACUUUGGCCUGGCCCAGGAAAUGAAGCUUAAACUGGAUGGUGGAAAGUUCCCCAUCAAGUGGACAGCACCUGAGGCUCUCAGACAGAGUAAAUUUUCAAACAAAUCUGAUAUGUGGUCUUUUGGAAUUCUUCUGUGGGAGAUUUACUCUUUUGGUAGAGUUCCUUACCCUCGAAUUCCACUAGCAGAUGUGAUGAAACAUGUCGAAAAAGGUUACCGCAUGGAGGCACCUGACCUCUGCCCUCCGGAAGUUUACCAGCUCAUGAAGGAUGCAUGGAACGAGAACUGCAAACGUAGACCCACAUUCCAAGAGGCACUCAAACGACUCACACAGCUGCGACAAUCUAACUUGGCAUGACCUAGAGUAGGGGCAUAAAUAUAGUUAAAAUUGGUGCCAAUGCUAGAUCAUGCUAGAGAUUUGAAGUAGUGUCAACUUCAGUGAAGUCAUUUAACAAAUGGAAGAAGAGAUAGAGUGGAGCGUCAGUGCUUGAGGAAUUGUUGCGUUGGUUGGAGGUCGACAUAUCCUGCUCACUCUAGUGGGAAAAGUGUGUUCCCAAAGCUCGAGUGCUUCGUGUUCCUCUGGCAUGUCUGACACAGUGACAGACUGGUGAUGUUACUUCUGUAAUGUGUGUUCAUUACAUGUGUAUAAACGGACAGAAAGAAGAAUGUUACAAAUCAGGUAUUAAGCCCAGGACACCUGAGCAUUUGUCCCUCCAGACUUAACUUUCAAUUUAGUGUCUUUAACUACAUGACAAAUGUCUGAAAUGUUGAUAUGAUGAUUUUUAAUUGUUAUUAUAAUUUUUAUUAUUAUUAUAUUUUGUCUUUUGUUUUUUAUUUGUCAGUCAUUGAUUUGAGUUUAUUCUAGAGUCCAGGAGAGGGUGUGUAUUUGGUGUCUGUGUUCUGUGUUAAGGGCCGCUUCUGGAGAGGGUGCAACAUUACUGUCUCUCUUCACAAUAGCUUUUUUUUUUUCUUUUCUCUUUUUUUUUAUCUAGCUGCGACAAGUGAGCAAUGCCGAAGAUAAAAGGAAAAAAUAAAUUAAAAAAAAAUCUCCUAAAUAAUUGCUGUAUUUAGAGAUCAUAUAUGUUCCUGUGUAGUGUGAAGCUGGCACUAUGUUAUUAGUAUUUUUGUAAUAUAGUUGAUAUGAUUUUUUUUUUUCCAGAGUAUUAUUUUGAUUUUGUUUUCAUAUUAUAUUGUUUGUUUUCUGUAACUGAUGAAGUUGUAGACUUUUGAAACAGAGUGAAAUUGAAAAGAAAAGAAAAGCCAAACAAAGUGCAGAGACAACAUAGACAUGAAGCUAAUUUUUUUUACUGCUGUGCACAUUGUGAUUUUAAAAAUUUUCUUUGGUUUUGUUGGGAUAACGUGAUUGAUUAUGUGAUUGUUUUAUCGAAGGCCUUGUUGACUGCUUUCGGGACAAGAGGACUGUAGUUAAUUCCCCUCCCAACCCUCACCACCAAGCCUCAUAUGUGUACUGUGUUAUAGGAGGGGGAUGAGAUGAUGAUCAUUAGGCUUGAUUUAGAGUCUUGACUAUGUAUAUCCUACUAAACUUGUGGGCUGGUUAUGCCAUUAUUCUUUCUUUUUUCUGUAUCUAACAUGAAGUAAAGUUCAUGUACCACA